CGAUGAACCAUCAUGCUACUAACUCCCAUUCACGUUCGCGGCCGUCGCAGAAUACGCGAUGAUGAUGACGACACUCCCAAGCCCAUUCCCAGCGGACCCCGAGGCGGCCGGCCAUUGCUAUCAUCUCAGGCGAAGCUCAGUUCAUCGCAGAUCAGGGGCCACAAGCGCGCUCGUCUACUGACUGCCAACCCCCUCGACAAGCCGCGCAAGAAGAAGCAAUCGCUGCUGGAAUCUCUACCCAAUGAACUCAUCGAGAAGAUCUUCCUUCACUCCUUGAAUGUCAAUCUGGCCCGUUCGUCCCCAAUCCUUGCUGCGGCUGUGUCGACUGAACGCAUCUACCGUGCUUUGAUCUUGUUAGCCUUCUGGGAUGACAGCGCGGAGUUAUCUACAUCAUCCUACAGCCGUGGGUCGAGGGCUGAAAUUGCUCGAACACUACGACCAUUGGACUACACGCCUAUUAGCCGGGCGCAGCGGAAAGACCUGCAGACAGCCAUCCUUCACUGUAGAUGGUGUACCGUGCCGCGCAUACUCGGCCAGUUACCGGAGUUGAUGAAUCUGGUCAUUCAACGACACUGGUUUGGUGCCGGAAUCUCCAUGGCGGAAGAGCAAGAGAGGAUGUUAAAUCGUGUGCUCAAUCAAGAAGAUGAUGCAAAUGUGUUUGAGGGCUUCGAGACCAUCGACACCACCUUCGACACAUCGACCCCUACACCCACAACCAACUACACCCUUGCCAUCAACUCUUUGAUCUCCAUCACUAUCACCAACCACUCCGUCGACCAGGAGACUACCCAUCCUUUCCUCAGUCCCUUGAUCAUUCCAAACAAAUAUCUUCAAGGUAGCACAGCUAGCGACUCCGCGACGCCUACUCCCUCCUCAUCACCCACGGACGACGGCUUCACUCCAGCCCUGAUCACCUACCUUGAAAUCCACCGACUCGCUCUAGGAUUUAACAGUGUUACGCUUCCCCUCAAGCCCCCUCAACACCCUCUCAUCCUUUCUCGUCCCUGCUUGCAACAAGGAAUCCAUACCGCCCUCGUCUCGAACAAUCUUCCCGCCCUCCUCACCCUCCUCAAACUGGACGAGUUUUACUUCCGCGUCACCGAACAGCAACACCUCACCGCGCAAGACCAGGAUCAGGAUCAGGAGCCGGUUAUUCCCUACGCCCUACCCGCUGGGCACUUCCGCACCGCGGUGCGCUUGGCCCCGCGCAAUGUGGAGUUCUUCCAAGCACUGGUGCGGACGAAUGCUGAAUCCGUCCCCGCUGACGACUCCGAGAUCACGGAGUGGGCCAUGCGCCUUCAGGAUCCGUUCGGCCGGUGGCUGUUGGAGCUGAUGCUGCGGCUGCCCGAGCAGGCGGCGGCGGCAAAGCGCAAUCCGAUCCAGAACUCGGUGUUCUGGAUGGGGCGGGCGAAUGCGGACCGACGGGAAUUGGCGAGCAUGUAUCUGCGGGAUGUUCUGGGAGGGGUGGAGAGCUUGGAGAGUUGGAUGGGCGAGAUGCAUGUCCCACUGUCACUGUCGUCCUCUUGAUCGGUGCCUGAUUCAUUCUGCCGGCCGCGGAGGCGGUGGAAGGAAGGUUACGGCGGCAAAAAAGCCGGGCGGCGGAAUUAUCUUUCGCAACAGCCGGAGAGUCCUUAUGGUAUUGUACAGUAUAGUAGAAGGGCUGCUG